AUGCACAAACAAAAGAAAUGGCAGGCGGACGCACAUGAUCUAUGUUGCUUCCCGCACUGUAAUAGACGGAGAGUCUUCCUGGACCUAGCGGAGCAAUUGGACGCCGAAGCUAGAGCGGCAGCCGCGGCAGCAGCUCAGGCAGAGGUAGCUAGCCUGAGAGCAGCAGCUCAGCCUGAGGCAGAGGCAGAUGCCAAAGAAAAAGCAGCUGAGAGUGCUGCGACUCUGGCAGGUAUUCUUCAAGCGACUAGGGACUCUAGCGACAAAAUUGACAAAAUUGAACUGAAGCUAGACGCUGCCCAGGAAGACCCUCCGUCUAUUACAGUGCGGAACGCAACUAUAGCAGGGUUAGAAAGUAUUAAGGAGAGGGGAAGAAUCUGGGUGGCUAUGUACCCGCGAGCCACUAGGAAGUUUUGCUGUGAUGACAAUUUAAUGUCUCGACGGCCGCGUUGUUCGACAAUUGGCCCGUCCGAUGCAUUAGCUUCGGAGGUCUUUGUCAAGAAAGAAUUUAAGUGGUUGUAUGUUGGCUUGGAGCAGAAAGCCACCGCAGGUUCGAAUUUAGUAAGAGGGCGAAUUGACGACUGUGUCAAGGGAGUCGAUGCCCGGCACAUGCAAGAUAUUGAGAAUUUCAUCGCAAUAGAGCUACAGACUCGCGGCUGUGAUGACGCAACUCUCCCGUCCAUGGCUCGGCUGCAGGUGUUCGAGGAAGCGUUGGAUCGCUUUCUUUCAAGGUGUCACAUGUAUCGCUCGUUUUUUUACCGAUACAGGAGGGAACAGAAUAUGCUGCGAGGCGUGUACGCCGCGCGUGUCGCUGAACUACCUGAAUUGCGGUCCCGUGCAGAUGGUGCCCAAUUGAAAGCUGAUACAGCAAUGGAGACAGCCAAAAGCUCGGCGGCUAUGAAUGUGGCGAAAUUGCGAGACGAUGCUGUAGCGUUACGGCGAGCCCUGGUGGUGGCCAACGAGGAUCAACGCCGAGAGAGAGAGAGGAACGCAGAAGAGGCACUUGCCUAUCGGAGACUCCAUGAAGAAGCAGAAGAGUUGCGACGGGCAACAUCGAUGCUCACGACCUCUCUUGGGCGGCUGGAGGAAGAGAGAGAGCGAUGGGCUCUGCAGGAAAACUCAACCAGAAGCGAAGCCUUGAAUUACAAGUCGGCACUGGAGAAGUCAUUGAUAGAAACAGAGCGCCUCCGCGCCCUUGCCCAAGACCUCGAAGAGAGGAAAAAGGACGAGGGUAACGAAGCACUCAAGGAGCUUGAAACAAAACUUGUAGCAAUGCGCAAGGAGAAUACUCACACCCAGGCCCAACAUCGCGCACUGCAGGUUCGGUAUCGAGCACUUGCAUCAAAUAGUUUAGCACGUGAUGCCCCAACUGAAGAGUGUAACAGCACAAAAGAUGCUGUAGCAAAAGAGGUCCCAGAGGAGAGCGAUGGGAUGGGCAGCGGCGAUAUGAACUUCGAUGAGCUACUUGAUGUUACCAACGAGCUGGGCCCAAAGAGUGAAGAUGCAAGCAACCUGCACGAGGACAGGGAACAUGCUAAACGCAGGGAAUCUCAUGGUCCGCACCAUCACAUGAAGAAGCAUCACGCAUCCAUCAUCAAUGAGCAUCCAACAAUGCAAACUGUGACUAUUGAAGUUGAGUCGGAGGACAGGACAAUGUUGAAUGAGUGUUAUAUCCCUCCUGGGAUCCAUUUCAUUGGUCGGGGCACAUCUGAUGACGUGCCGCCUUAUCUGCGAAUUGAAGGUCAUGUCAAGAAUUGGGUCCUUAGUAAACGCGAGACGGAACGCAUGAUCAAUGAUGUCUGGGUAAGUAAAGAGAGGUUCGAGAGCCAGACCGGCAAUCGGGAGCCACUUUCAAACUACCUCUACCAGUAUCUCUCUCUUCGCUUUUCCUCGCAUACGUUAGCAAUUGAAUGGGGCUACAACUUGCUUGAUUCUCUCGAGAGAUACAUCGCUGACUCUGAUUGCCGUCUUUUCCUCCAGAUCCUCAAUGGUAGCCUGCCGGAAGAAGUUCGAGUUGAUCAACUUGCACUGCUCGCAGAUGUUGUCACAACCAUGGAGAGAGAGGACAGGACCCUAAAUAACGGCAAAACUACUUCCAGUCUCAGUCUCCCAACAUUCACCACGGCCCUGCGCAAGCUCCUCAACACAAAGUCCGAACACAAUUUCUCACGCCUUGUGAGACAGCUUCAGAUCGAGGCGCAGUCCAACAAGUCGAGAGUCGUUCACUACUGUGAGCUUCUCCAGUCGGACUCUCAGGGGAAUCAAGGAAAGUUCUGUGAGCUUCUCCGUGAACAGCAUCUCUCAGAAAUUGUCGCUUUUUCCCAGCAUGUCCAGGCAACGAUUCAUGAGGCAACCGGCAAUGGCAACGACACCGAACUACCGCUUCCAAGGCUUCGCGAGGCACUUGUCAAAGCAGAUCCGGAAAAGCCUCGCGCGGAGGUGAAUGCCUAUCUUGCCCGUGGUGCCGGCGUUGAGCCCAAAGAAUUGGUAGAGAAGGAACAGAGUAAUCAGCUCUGCGAAGUUACCCAGUUCAUUAAGAACCUAAAUAAAGGUCUUCUGAAGCGUUCAACUCCCGUCUUGAUGUCAGACGAGUCCGCGGACUCGCCUAUCCAUGGUGGCAUACUCCUGACUUGUAUGUUUGAAUUACUACCAUAUGACAAUUCUGAUAGGCCAGAGUUUCCUGAGUGA